AUGGAUGCUAAUCCCAAGAUCGAUUCCUCCAACGAUGUUGAAUCGUCCAUCGACAACACCGCCGAAGCUGGCACCAGUGUCAUCAUAGACCCGGAGGGCGAACGCUCAUAUGUCAAAAAGUUGGACAUGUAUCUUUUGCCGUUUCUCUCAUUGAUGUAUUUCUUCAAUGCUGUCGACAGGUCCAACUUGGGCAAUGCGAAAACCGACGGAUUAGAGGCGGAUCUCAAUUUCACGGGCAACGAAUACAGUCUGCUUAUCCUGCUGUUCUAUAUUCCCUUCGGCACCCUGGACCUACCUCUCAACCUGCUCACCAAGAAAUUCUCCGCCAAGUGGGUGCUUCCCUCCUUGAUGGUUACAUGGGGCGGUAUUGCCACUAUUCAGAUUGCCUCCAAGAACUUCGCUGGUAUUCUCGUUCUGCGCCUGAUACUUGGUGCCUGUGAAGCCGGAUUUUUCGCUGGUGUCGUCUUCUACUUCACCCUCUUUUAUAAGCGUUCCGAGUUAGGAUUUCGAGUCGCCAUCUUCUUCGGUAGUGCGCUGCUCGCAGCUGCUUUCAGUGGCAGUAUCUCUUACGGUGUCUUUCAGAUCAAGGGUACACGUCUUCAGGGCUGGCAAUGGCUGAUGCUGAUCGAGGGCAUUUUGACAAUCAUUGUCGGAGUCAUAUCCUUCUGGUGGCUGCCUGCUUCCCCUGCCUCCGCAUGGUUCCUUACCGAUAGGGAGAAGGCCGCAGCUAGGGCCCGAACUCUUCGUGAUGGUUCGAACAAGAUCGACAGCCAGUUCAGUUGGAAAGACUGCUUCUCCACGUGGAAGGACUGGAAGUUUGGGAUGUGGUGCGUUAUCAACUUCACCUAUCCCGUCGCAUUUGCCACCACCUCGAACUUUCUGCCCCAGAUUGUGCAGCGUCUCGGCUACAGCGUCAUCAAAACCAACCUCUGGACAGUCGCACCCAACGCCGUUGGAUUUGUCGUGCUUCUUAUUGUCGCCAAGUCCUCCGAUCACUUCCAUGAGCGUACUUUCCACGUUUUUGGUGCUCUCGCUACUUCGCUUAUUGGAAUGAUUCUGCUCAUUACCAUUGAUGUGCUGAAGCACAAGGAAGUCGCCUACUUUGCUUGUUUCCUCAUGGCAUCCGGCGCAUAUAUCCCCUCUUGUCUCGUGCAGUCUUGGCACAAUAACAACAACUUGAACGAGAAUAGCCGUGCUGCAACAACUGGUCUCCUAGUGGGACUGGGAAAUUUUGCCGGAAUCAUGUCCGCCGCUACUUUCCGGACAGAAUAUGCGCCCAAGUAUAUUCCUACUCUGAUUUUGACUUGCUGUUGCAAUGUUAUUGCGAUGACUUCCAUCCUGAUCCUUGGCGGCUGGAUGAAGCUCGAGAACCGUCGGAGGAACAAAGCGCAGGGUGUUAAUCUUCGGGCUCAGGAUGUCGAUACGUCUGAGCUGCCUGAUGGAGAGAAAUCUCCUAAAUUUCGCUUCUUCACCUAA